UCUGAAACUCAACUACCUGAGUUACUCAACUGCCUGGGCUACUCAACUACAUCUGAAACUCAACUAUCUGAGUUACUCAACUGCCUGGGCUACUCAACUACAUCUGAAACUCAACUAUCUGAGUUACUCAACUGCCUGGGCUACUCAACUAUAUCUGAAACUCAACUACCUGAGUUACUCAACUGCCUGGGCUACUCAACUACAUCUGAAACUCAACUAUCUGAGUUACUCAACUGCCUGGGCUACUCAACUAUAUCUGAAACUCAACUACCUGAGUUACUCAACUGCCUGGGCUACUCAACUACAUCUGAAACUCAACUACCUGAGUUACUCAACUGCCUGGGCUACUCAACUACAUCUGAAACUCAACUACCUGAGUUACUCAACUACCUGAGCUACUCAACUGCCUGAGUUACUCAACUGCCCGGGCUACAGCUCCCAGAGUUUCGCACCCGUCGGAUUUGGACAGCUGAGAGUUGGACACCGUCACUGCGAGUGCAGGAUGGGAGAGUUCUCGGACCGCAUGUACAAGCUGAUGUUCAUGGGCGACGCGAGCGUGGGCAAGACCAGCCUCAUGAUGCGACUUUGCCGCAACGAGUUCCGUGCCACCAUGAGCUCCACGCUGGGGGUGGAUACUCACGUGAAGACGUUGACUAUCAACGAGAGGCAGCUGACUCUGCAGUUGUGGGACACCGCUGGGCAAGAACGGUUCCGCAGCAUCGCCCAGACGUACUUCCGCAGGGCCGACGGAGUCCUGCUCGUGUUCGACUGCACCCACGAGGGGUCCUUCCUCAACGUGCGAGAGUGGCUGCUCGCCGUGGAGGACGCUGCUGGGCGGAAGCUGCCCACCGUGCUGGUGGGGAACAAAAUCGACAUGCGCGACACGUGCGUCAAGUACGGCAAGAAGUGCGUCAUGCCGGAGGACGGGAAACGCCUGGCCAAGGAAUACAAUGCGAUCUACAUCGAGACGAGUGCAAAGCAGGGCACGAAUGUCCAAGACGCGGUGGAGUUGCUUGCCAAGCAGGUGCUGGCUGCGGACAUCGCGGAGACGAAGGCGAUGACUCUGCAGCUCGGAGGCGACGUCUCCGUCGACGGAGCCACUGACCGCUCCGGCUCCUGCUGCAUGGCGGCGCCGUCCUCCACGUGAACACGUGGGUGUGGCAGACCACGUGCUCACCACGCGCGCACGUGACGAGCACGUGCUCGCCAAACACGCGUCGAACGCGCGCGUGCCCUGGCGUCUACGAGGGGGCGGUCACGGCACAUGGCGCGCGUGAAUCGACGCAACAACGCAGGCGCAUCUCCCACUCUCCCACUCCGGCUAUCACGGCCUGGGGGGGAGGAGGGGAGCGGUGGACAGGAGGCGACACAAGACCACGUGGCCCACGUGACCCACACUCCCUUCGCAUCGGCCCGUCUGUGACGUCUCCAACAGACGCGACAGAUUCGUCAAUUACACCGCCAUCCCCCCCUCCGUACCCAGCAAAUUAAAUAAAUGUUAGGUGAGGUUUCGGCCAAUGAGCCUUCUUAAUUUAACUGCCACGCCAGCGUGUUUCACACACUAUACUAUUCCUUUUUUUUUAUAUAAAGUAAGCAAAGAUACGUAUACGAUUUUACGGAAGUCGCGCGUACAUUUAUAUGCCGUUCAUAGUUGUAACGUGGGUGUUAGGCAAAGCAGAAAUGUGUGUAUUUAUGAAAUAGAACCAAUAGAACCUCAUUCAGUCUUAACUGAUAAUAAAAUAAAACAUCACGACCAAAUGGUCGCAAGUCGUCGUCAUCGUCUCUUUUGAUGUUUAUUUUUUUAAGCUGUAUUUUUCACAAUAAAUAAUU